AUGAUGGAUUGGCAGGCUUUGGCAGGCUUCCACCCAUUGGAUCCACUACCAGACCUCCGCAGGCACCGGGGCCGCGGCCGCUCUAGCAGCCCAGCUGCGGUGGCGGAAUGCGCACGAUUUGGUGCAGAUGCGAAAACAUCCUGCCUUGGCGUAUCCAGGUUGUGCUAUUGGAAGAGCAGAAGCGCCAGGAGCACAUUUCUCUUCUCAUCCAGGGAUGAUGCAUAUGGGUUAGAAUACAAGUGGUACCAAAACAUAAGGGGGAGCAGACCCAGUGCACAGGGAUUGUCAGGUCCAGAGCCCCAGUCCUGGCACGUUGACCAAAACAAAAUCCACAACCAACCGUUGGUGGGAUUGCUACUUCGCAUUUGGCAUAUUUUGAUCGCAGGGAGGUCAGGCAAGGGACGAAGCAGGAGGCGAAGAGCAAAGCCCAUCCUCUUGUCUCGCGUGCGCAGCUGGGAGCCCACUUUUAACCCACAGAUUCCCUGGGGUUGGGUGGGGCGGACGUGGAUCUGCCAGAUCAGCUAG